UAUAGAGUAUUUUUUGAGUGCUGUGUCUCCACAUUAGAAAGUCUCUGCAAAAGCUAACGUUAGUGGUUGAAGUGAAUAAUUUCACAUAACAUUGCUGUUUAUCGUGGAGCUAACAGGGGAAAUAAUGUUAACCAGUUAGUCUGGCCGGCAUUCUUGCAUAAAAUGAAGAUGUGGUGGCAGGGAAACGGCACCGUUUGUUAACACAAUGUGGCGUUCACAUUUGUAACGUUAAUAGCGCAGCUCGCAUUACGUUAGAUCUAACCUUUCUAGUACAUGUUGGACAUCUAACGUUAUGUUCAAAUUCUAACUUAACGAAAAUGUGUAACGUUACUUUGAAAGUGAAGUAGACUUACAGCUGAAAUGCGAAACCGUAUAUCCUUAGCAUUGUGUGGGUUGAAUGCAAAUCGCCCUGGAUUUUACCUCGGCACUGUUCUGCUAACAGCCUUGAACGUUUUAUUGUGGCUGUGUGGUGCUCAGACUAGCCUCACCUUGGGACCAGGUGGCGAAUUUCCAAGUCUGAAAGGUUUGACCACCUAUGCUUUCAGCCAUGAAGACCUAACAUCCCUUGUCUGUAACACAUCCCUUCUUGUGUGGCUUGGGUCAUGCCAGGAGCAAAGAUGGGGUACAAUGGCAUUCUUCAUACUCACACUGUUCUCUACAGUACUCCUUCCGCCAUUGUACACACUGGCUCUUUUCAUCACAGAUGAUGAGACCAGCAGAAUCAGUGGUUUUUCUGCUGUCCAACUGGCACUGUUCACUGCACAGAGCCAGCAGAUGAAGCAAAAGAGACUUUUAGGCUGUGUUCCUAUUUGGCUGCUACCCUGGUUUCUCCUUGUACUACACUUCUUCCUGCUCCCUGGCACUCCUGGCAUGCUUCACUUCUGUGCAAUCUGUUUAGGCUACAAUUACACACCCUCACUGAUUGGGAUUAUUCAACGGCUUGAAGUCCCUUGGCUUUCUAGUCUUUUGCCUGUCUGGGCUUAUGUAUCGGUACGAGCCAGAUUUCAAUUACCAACCCACAACAUUCAGCAAAGAUCAGAAGACCAUAUCCAGCCUCCAACAGUGGAAGUAUCAGACCUCCUAACCUCCACUCAGUUUGAUUCCUUCACAUCUCCAAAACAACAGUCUGCAGUAUCAAUGAUUACAUCAGAUACACAGGCACUGGAAGAUGAAAUGUUAAGGGCAGGGAUUUUAGCUUCAUUACAAUAUUCCACAGAAGAAGAGAAAAAAGUUGAGGUGCCAAAAUCAUCUGUUUCCUCCCUGAGGCUACAGCAACUACAGAAGAUGGGAUUUGCAACCGAGAAGGCUGUUGUUGCCCUGGCUGCCACAGCACAGUUGGAUGGGGCUAUAUCAUUGCUUAUUAAUGGCCAAGUUGGGGAAGAGGCAGUGGUGAUUUCCAAGGGCAAGAAAAACCCUCAUUCAUAGACACACAAGAACAUUGUUUGUUUUCCAUCUCAUCUGUACAGAUCCAGUCAAAUGCUGUUUUAUUGUUUAGCUUUGCAAUUGUACCUAUUUUAAUUAUUGCAAUAUUAAGAUAUAGGGCACAUAUACCAGCUCACAUGUUAUGAUGAUAUUUUAUGAUUUAUUUCAACAAAAUAUGUUAUUAUGUUCAUCAUUAUAGGCCGAAUCAAAUAAAACCCCAUGUCUCCG